AUGGCUCCAAACGGAAAAAUGCGAGAGAUCGUUUCGAUCCACAUCGGACAAGCCGGUGUCCAAAUCGGCAAUGCCUGCUGGGAGCUCUACUGCCUCGAGCACGGCAUCACUCCCGACGGAAUGAUGCCGCACGAUGAUUCGUUCGGUGUCGAGGAUCAAUCAUUCAACACCUUCUUUUCCGAGACGCCCGCCGGAAAACACGUGCCGCGUGCGAUUUUUGUCGAUCUCGAGCCAACGGUCGUCGAUGAGGUUCGAACGGGAACGUAUGCCAAAUUGUUUCAUCCCGAACAAUUGAUCAGCGGCAAAGAAGACGCCGCCAAUAAUUAUGCUCGCGGUCAUUAUACCAUCGGGAAGGAGCUGAUUGAUGUGGUCACCGAUCGGAUUCGACGGCUCACGGAACGAUGCCAAUCGCUUCAAGGAUUCCUGAUCUUCCACUCGUUCGGUGGCGGCACUGGAUCGGGAUUCACUUCGCUCAUCAUGGAGCGACUAUCAAUCGAUUACGGCAAAAAGGCGAAACUCGAGUUUUCGAUCUAUCCUGCCCCGCAAAUCAGCACCUCAAUGGUCGAGCCAUACAACUCGCUGCUCACCACUCAUACAACCUUGGAGCACUCGGAUUGCUCAUUCAUAAUGGACAACGAAGCAAUCUACGAGAUAACCAAGAUUAAUUUGGGAGUCAGAAGUCCGACUUACACCCAUCUCAAUCGCCUUCUUGCACAAGUCGUUUCCUCCAUCACCGCUUCUUUAAGAUUCGAUGGAGCAUUGAAUGUUGAUCUAACCGAAUUCCAAACCAACUUGGUCCCGUACCCGAGAAUCCAUUUCCCACUUGUCACUUAUGCUCCAAUCAUCUCGGCGGAACGAGCCUAUCACGAGCAGCUCUCCGUUUCCGAGAUCACCAACGCGUGUUUCGAGCCGGGAAGUCAGAUGGUUAAAUGCGAUCCGAGGAAUGGAAAAUACAUGGCGUGCUGUCUGCUCUAUCGUGGAGACGUUGUCCCGAAGGAUAUCAAUUCGGCGAUUUCUGUUAUCAAGACAAAGAGGGCGAUUCAAUUUGUCGAUUGGUGUCCAACGGGAUUCAAAGUGGGAAUCAACUACCAGCCACCAACGGUGGUUCCGGGUGGCGACUUGGCGAAACUGCAGCGAGCUGUCUGCAUGCUCUCCAACACCACCGCCAUUCAAGAAGCGUGGGCUCGAUUGGACCACAAGUUCGAUUUGAUGUAUGCCAAGCGCGCAUUUGUUCAUUGGUACGUCGGCGAGGGAAUGGAAGAAGGCGAAUUCUCCGAAGCAAGGGAGGACAUGGCUGCAUUGGAGAAAGACUACGAGGAAGUCGGAAUCGAUUCGUUCGAUCCAAACGACGAUGACGAAUAUUAA